AUGACUGUUCUCAUCCUAGCGAUAACGCUCGUCGCCGCGACGACCGCGAAGCCCGUCGACUCGGAGAAGAGAGAGGCGCUCCGCUUCCUGCGCGCGUACGGUUUUCUGAAGGACAAUGGAGGAUCGUUGUCCGACAACGCGACGUCUCUGCGUCACGCGCUGUCGCUGUUUCAGGAAUACUAUCAAUUAUCAGGAAAUGGUGCGUUAAACCCUGAUACGCUUCGUCUUAUGCGCAAACCGCGAUGCGGUCUCGCGGACAUUCCCGGUCGCGCGUAUAGCCCGAUCGCGCGAAAAUGGCCGAAAACGCGUCUCACGUGGAACUUUCAAGUGGCUAGCGAAGAACUCUUAAAAACGGUCGAAGCGGCGUUCGCGUUAUUAUGGACGGUGAAUUUGUCGUUAACGUUCGCGCGCGACCCGCUACAUCCCGAUAUACUAAUAUCGUAUCGAACGGGCGCGCACACCUACGCGAAUCGUCUGAGCGGCGACAUUUGCCCGGCGGUCUUCGACGGUUCGGGUGGAGCUCUCGCUCACGCGUUCUUUCCCUCGGGAGCGAUCGACUUCGCGUCGGAGGUGCACAUCGACGACGCGGAACCGUGGCACGUGUAUCUGAACAAAAAUCCUCCCGAUACGUGUCAUUUGCUACAAACGUUGACGCACGAGAUGGGCCACACGCUAGGUCUACAGCACAGUAUGCGUAACGACUCGGUAAUGUUCCCGUAUAUACCCGACAUCGAAAAUCAAUUUCCGGUUAAGCUGAGCAUAGAGGACGUCCUCGCUAUACAGAAUCUGUACGGGUCUCACGACGAUGGAAACUAUCCAACGAUUCCCACAACCACCAUAGCACCCGCGACGACGACGAGCGUCGCGCCGACCGACCCCGCGCGCGCGGAUCUCUGCGCGUUGCGGCGCAUAGAUGCGGCGUUAAUAAUGAAUCGUCGCUUGUACAUAGCUAAUCGCCGCAACGUAUGGUCGGUCGACAUAACCGAGAGACGCUACGGUAGACCCAUGAAGUUGACGGAUUACGCGACGUUUCUUCCGGCGAAUCUCACGCGCCUGUCCGCCGCGUAUCGAAGACCAUCGGGCGAUCUCGCGCUAUUCGUUAACGAUUCGAUCUAUGUCGCGGAAUAUCCCAGUUUUAAGCUAAAACUUGUCGGUGUUAACGUCAGCCGACCCUCUUACGUGGAAGUCGUCCUCGGAAAUUGUCACGGCAAAGAGAUCUCGUUUGCGCCGGAUGUGUGGAAGGAACUGCUCGAUCUGCGAUCCGUGCUUACGUCGUACUUUCAGCGCGACGAGCGAGAGGAGAUGCGCCCUCCAGCCCCGAUAUAUAUCGGACAAUUAACGUUGCGAUUUGGCAAACUUAACAAUCUUCGAAUACUCCGUCUCGAAACACCUAAGGAUCGUCUAGUCGCAUCGAGGAGCACCGUGCUAAAUAUAUUAAACUUGGAGCAUUGCAUCAACCGCAUCAUUACAACUUUGAGCGGUUUAACCGGAUACAUCGAUAACAAGCUAACGCGCUUUCUCGAUAUCGCGGCCGAUGUCCGCGAUCGAACGCUUAUUCCGACGGCGAUACGCGACAGCGAGAACUUCGACCGCAACGAUAUAAUCGAUUGCGAACUGCAGGCUCUGCUCUUCGGAGAAUCCUAA